GCUGGCCCUGCCUGCCCCUCCUCACCCUCACUGUCUGCCUGAGAGACCAGAAGGAUGGAGCCCGGCAGGACUCAGAUAAAACUUGACCCCAGGUACACAGCAGAUCUUCUGGAGCUGCUCCAAACCAACUACAGCAUCUCCUCCGCCUGCUUCUCUUACCCUCCCACUGCAGCCCAGCUCCUGAGAGAAUUGGGCCCAUUGGAAAUUGCCCUCACCAUCAUCUUGACCUUUUUUACCAUGGGUUCAAUUGCCAUCUUCGUGGAGGAUGCCGUUUAUCUGUACAAGAACACCCUUUGCCCCAUCAAGAAGAGGACUCUGAUUUGGAGUAGCUCUGCACCCACGGUGGUGUCUGUGCUCUGCUGCUUUGGUCUCUGGAUCCCUCGAGCCCUCACACUCGUGGAAAUGACCAUAACUGCGUUUUAUGCUGUAGUCUUUUACCUGCUGAUGCUGGUCAUGGUGGAAGGCUUUGGUGGGAAGGACUCAGUUCUGAAGACACUGCAGGACACCCCAAUGAGGGUGCACACAGGUCCCUGCUGCUGCUGCUGCCCCUGCUGCCCACCCCUCAUGCUCACCAGGAGGAAACUUCAGCUGCUGAUGUUGGGCCCUUUCCAGUAUGCCUUCUUGAAGAUAAUGCUGAGCAUAGUGGGCCUGUUUCUCAUCCCUGAUGGCAUCUAUGACCCAUCAGACAUCUCUGAGACGAGCACAGCUCUGUGGAUCAACACUUUCCUCGGCGUGUCCACACUGUUCGCUCUCUGGUCCCUAGCCAUCCUUAUCCGUCAAGCCAGGGCGCACCUGGGCGAACAGAAUAUGGGGUCCAAGUUUGCUCUGUUCCAGGUUCUUGUCAUCCUGACUGCCCUGCAGCCCUCCAUUUUCUCCGUCUUGGCUAAUACCGGGCAGAUUGCUUGCUCGCCACCUUUUUCUUCUAAAAUCAGGUCUCAAGUGAUGAACUGCCACAUGCUCAUCCUGGAGACCUUCCUGAUGACGGUGCUGACACGAAUGUACUAUCGAAGGAAAGAUGACAAGGUUGGGUACGUCAGUUGUUCAGCACCAGACCCGGACUUGAAACUCAAAGCCUGAAGAGAGUGGCUUGGACUAUGGAAAUGAUACUGUCCUUCUCAGAAGAGCAUGCGCUUUCUUCUGUCCCUUGACCUUAAGCAGAGGUUAAGGCUCUCACUGGCAGCACAGGCUGGCAGCUUCCCUGUGACGUAGGGAUGAAGGUAAAAUGCAGCAUGCUGAAAUGUUUUGAGUUGUGUUCAGGGAAAGUGUCUGAAGUUUUGUAAUGAACAGAGUCUGCAUUGGCAGGCUGCUUC